AUGUUGGCUUCCCUCCCAAGAACAAAACCAUUUCUGUACACAUCUUCAGAGAGGUGGGCUCCUUGCCGAGACCAGAGCCAUGGAGUUGGGGCGGGAGGAGUCCGAGGUUGCCCCAGGACCUGGAGGCCCUUGUACCAUCAUCUGUCUCCUCUCCCUGAUUUGAGUUCCGAGCAAGUCCUGGAGUCCCUCUUCUCCCAUCCUGGUGGGGCGGCAGAGGCUGCCUGCUCAGUUCCUCUUGGAUUCUUUACCAAAUGGCAGGCUGCCUCUGGGCAGGACCACCUGUGUCUCGCAGCCAGGAGGGGAGGUGCCGUCCUUCAGGACCUGAGCCCAGCAAGGGAGGUAGAGGGGCUCCGGCUUGCGAGGAACCUCUCUGUGUGCAUGGAGUGA